AAUAUAUUUUAUGUACAGAUUUCAUUUUCUUUAAGAACAAACUAGUCUUAUUAACUUAGAUACCUUGGAAUAUCAGUAUUCCUGUCAGGUGAAGCAGCACUCCACAAAAAUGAAUUACAGUUGUAAGGGGACCCCUAUGAAGAAGUUGAUCGAUCAGGAGAUGUCUAACCGAAGAAAUCAUAGACAGAAUGCCCCGAGUGUUGUUGCCCGUUUGAUGGGCAUGGACACCGUACCAACAGAUAUGAAUCCCAAAAUCCAUGCCAAGGAGUGGAAAAUAGAUAAUUUUAGAAAUCAUGUAGAAAGAAAGAAGCCCAUGGAAAGUAGUUCAACUUACUACACUUAUCCCAGUUCAGCUCCCUUCAAACAAACCACUCAAAGAUUGCUUCCAUUUGGCAAUAAGCAAGAUUGUAGCCAAAUCACCAAAUGCCUCAGACUGCCAAAACCACAUCUACGCGAACACCCCCAAGAGGAGCUGCUGCAGAAAUUUAAGAAAGAAUUCGAGGCAUGGCAAGCAUCCAAGCUGUGGGAACAUACAGGGGCCCUUCAACUGGAACGUAACCUUUCAGAAGGCAAGGAUGAUGACUUCCUUGCACAGGAAAAUCUACACAAAGAAAAAACGGCAAGAUAUCUGGAAACUAAGAGAAAUUCAGCCCAGAAAAAGCCUGUGGAAUACACUGAGGUUGUUUUAACAGAUAAAUUAAAGAUGGCUACACCACAAGGAAUCGCUCUACCAAACUGCAGAUUUAUGAGGCAACACCAUCAGAUUAAAAUAAAGGAUGACAUGGUUACUAGAAAUGGAGCAAAAAUGAAGGACUUUGAAUGCUUUGCAGUAGCUAGGAUUGAAGGAAAACAGGAGAUAUCUUGUUCACCGACGAGGAUAGUGAUUUUGAAGCCUGCUUCUGAAAUAAAUGAGGGCUUUGAUGAGUCAUGGGUUGGCUCAUCUGCAAUGUUGGACAAGGAUUGCAGUAUAGAAGAUUUUCUUGAAGAGGUAAAGGAAAGGCUUAGAUAUGAAAUGCAAGGGAAGGCUAGAACUAAUACUACAAUCAGAGGGAGUGGUACUGAAGUGCUAUCUAAUGAACGGACAACACUAAAGCGGUCAGAAUCAACGAGAUCAUAUAAAAGUGAAGUUCUAAACAACGGACCAGAUUCAUCGGAAUUCAUCAAAAGAGACACAAGGAAACUCCUAUCAGAGAGAUUGAAGAAUAUCCUGAAAAAUGAAAUUGAUUCAGAGAAACCUGUGACUAAUAAUGGAAGGCAAGCUGUUCAUGAACCUAUAUCUAGACAUGAACAAGAAAACAGCAUGGCAUUUGAUGCUGAAGCAGUGUCAUCACGAAACCUUAUUAGAUCUUUAUCUGCUCCAGCAUCUGGGACUGCUUUUGGGAAGCUUCUCCUGGAGGACCAGCAUAUACUGACUGGUGCACAGAUCCGUAGGAAGCAUGAAGUGUCUGAACAUACUUCAGCUGAAGUGAGGAGAAACAGGAAAGAUGGUUUCAAUCUCAAAGGCAGAGUUUCAAAUUUGAAACAGAAUAUCAUUCUUAAAGGUAAGUUGUUUGGGAAGAAGACCCAGUUGUUGAAGGAAUCAAAUGCAAGUGAAUUUGAUGCCGUAACAAGCUGGUGCUGUUCUUAUCUUUUCCCUCAUUAAAUAUUUUGGUCUCAGGAUAACUCUACUGAGGUGCCACCAAGUCCCGCAUCCACAUCUAGCAGUUUGCAUGAUGAAUUUUGUCGGCCAAAUAGUCCAAGUCCAGUAUCCCCACUGGAGGUUCCUCUUAUUGAAUAUCACCCUUCUCCAUGCAACUCUGGAGAUAUAAGCUGUAAGCUUCCAGAGCUAAGUCUUUCAGAGCAAGUUGAGAAUUAUGAAUCUGAAGCAGCGGCGACAAAGGAACAACCUUAUGAUGAUGAAACACUUGAGAUAGAAAGUAAGGAUAAGGCUUAUUUAAAAGAUAUCCUUGUUGCUGUUGGUUUGUAUAAUGGAAAGUCCUUUGAUCAAGCAUUUUCAAGAUGGGAUUCUGUGAUAAACCCAAUCUCUGAUAAGGUGUUUGAGCAAGUGGAAGAAGCUUACAGUAAAUAUGGGAAGGUGGAUAAUGGGGCUUCUCUCCUACAUUAUGGUGAUAACAAUAUAGGAAAAAAAAUGCUAUUUGAUUUAGUCAAUGAGGCAUUGCCAAGUGUGCUAGGGAUUCCAAUGAACAGCUCCAGGUUCAAGGAAUGGGUGCAAGAUCCUGCUGAGGUGCCACAGGGGAAAAGGUUGUUGGAUGACCUGUGGCAUCAAAUCCAGAUACAUACAAAUCCUCCAAUGGAGGAACCACACACUAUAGAUGGUAUGGUGGCACGGGAUGUAAGGACGACUACUUGGUCUACUAUGUUGUGUGAGGACAUCGAUGUUGUAGAAAGAGAGAUUGAGUUGUUGAUUUUAAGGGAAUUAAUUGAUGAUUUUGUGCAGGAUAUGUGCUUCUAGUGGCUUGUCAAACAAGGUAGUUCUCUCCAUGAAAUCAUGUUCAUCUAUGCAUUGAUGGUUGGGGGAUGUGGAGUUGAAGCACUGUGUGCUUAUGUGGCCUAUGAGACAUGAUUAAUGUACAAAAUGUUUGUGAGAAUUUGUGUAUCCCUGAAUGUAAACGACAAGUGAGUUAUCAGUGCUUGACAAAAGGAUACAUGAUGUG